AUGAACAAUUAUCAGCUUAAUAAUAAUAACCUUGUGGAUGAUGACGAUGACGAGGAUGUUGAUGAUUUACUUUUAGAAUUGGAUAAAUAUACUGAUAAAAAAAAAAAAGAACAAGACGCAAUGCAAAACAAACCUAUGAUACAAACAAACGUUCAAGUCUCAAUGCCACAGUCUCAUUAUGCUACAAGCACAGAUGAAAAUAACGGUGAUAUUUUACAAAUACUCCCCUCCCAAUUAAUUCGCAACGAUGAGCUUGCAAUGGCUAAAGGAGAGGUUGCAGUUUUAAGGGAUAAAAUUAAUGAACUAACAUUGAAAAGGGAAAACGAUAGAAAAAAUUAUCUAAUGGAAAAACAAACUUUAUCAGACCAGAAUUUGGGAACUAUUAACAACCUUAAACAAGAACUAAAUAGAUUAGAAAGUGAAAGGCAAUUUUUAAAGCUUCGUAUGAAAAACCAUAUGCAUCAAUCGUUACCAGCAGAUUCACAAAUACCUUCCAAUGUUACUACCACCGCAGUAAUAACUAAUCCCGAAAAUGUUUUAAAAAAAAGAAAACUUUUAGAAAAUAAAGAAUCUGGUAGCUCUACCUUAGUUCACUUUUCUUCCCUCUCUUCCCCCUCUUCCCCCUCCUCCUUACCAACACCACCAAUUCGUUUAAAACUAAAUACCAAAAAAUUCAUUUUGAAAAAUUCUUCACAUAACGACAACCUAUUACUUUUAGAAACGUUAUGGAAACAUAAAAUACCAGGUUGCUGUAAGUUAACAAUGCAUUACUUAGAUGAACUGGAAUUUAAAGGUCAAAAAAUUGGUCCUGGCUUUCAUGCCUUUGCCUUGAGUAUUGUAUCUUCUUUAACACUAAACAAGUUUAUAGAAUUCAUUUUAGAUUAUUUACUGCAAAUUAUAAAUCAAAUUUUUGAAACCACUCCUACAGAAUUACUCCCAAUUCCAUUUAUGCUUGUACUGGUUUACAUAAUAAUAAAAUUUAGACCUAGUGCUACUGAUUCCCAAUUAUUAUUGGAUUUGUUUAAAGCUAUCAAAAAUUUUGUGUACCAAUUAGACAGUGUGCUAACAAAACCAAAGGCAACGCCUUCCUUUACAACUAACAACACGAACUUUGCAAAUACUUUCAACAGUGCUGUAGCAAAUAUUAGCAAACAUGGAGGUAGCAAUAAUUUUGAUCACAGAUCCGUUUUCCGGAGUGAUACUACCAUUAUCGAUAGCAAAAAAUAUUUAGAAAACGGGAAUUGGCUUUAUACAGUUGAUAACACUGAUUUGCCCAUAAGAUUUGACAGAUAUUCUCCCUUUUCUGAUAAUGGUAACGAUAGCAAUACUAAUCUGAAUACCGCAAGUAACAAACAACAUAGACACAACAAUAGCGAUACCGCUGCCAAGGGUUUCAACAUAAUGGAUGAUGAAUACUUUGAUGAAGGUUAUUAUCCAACAACAGUUUCCGUUCCAACAUUUCAGACUGAAUUUAUAGAUAUAUUGAUUGUGAUGUAUUCGUUUGAUAUUUUAGAAGCAAUAUCUGAAAAUCUAUACACAUGCAGUAUCAACAUAAACUCGACAGGAAAUAUAGAUUUAACCCCCCUUCAAGAAGAUUUAAAUUAUUUAUGUAAUAAAACCUUUACGAUAUCAUUUCAACCAAUACCACAGAUUAUAUUUAAUGUUUGUAUGAUUUUUUCUCAUUUAGUAAAAAUCGUUAAUAACAAGAUUCCACAGCAUUGGUGGUCAGAAAAGUUUACCAAGAUCUCUACUUUCCUAGAUAUCAAUAUUCAACACUCAUUGAAAAUUUUACCUCCCAAAUACAACAUUCAUAGUUUGUCAAGAAGGGUCGGCAAUAAUGGGAAUAUCAAACUAAUAGACCAAUUAUUUGAAAAACAUGUGAUUUAUGAGCCAGAAAAUAAAGUUCCUAUUUAUAUAUUGUCUCACUUAUCUCGGUUGAAACUACAAAUUUUACAAGAUAUCAAAGAGUUUUUAUUGACUAUUUCCGCAAACAGCCUUGAGUCUGAUAAUACUGGCAUUUCCAUCGACUAUAUGAUUGGGAAUGUUUCUUCCUUGCUAUCCUUUGAAUAUCCAUUACUUUUGGGCGAAAACAACCAUAAUCGUGAUGAACAACAAGAUAGGCUAAAACUGGUAACUUUAUCGAUCAAAAUUAUUUAUCAUGUGUACUUAAUGUCGGAGAGUUACACUUUAAGCAUUGUUAGGGGAAGUAUGAAAAACACUGGUAACGAUAAUCAUACUAAUGAAGUUAGCUCAACGUCAACCACAGAUAAUAAACAUUUUAAUAGUAACAAGAUUAUGAUUUUGUCCGGAAACGAUAGAAUCAAAACAGAGUUAAUUGCUACAUUAAGUAGAAUAGUCUUUACUGUAAAUAACACUUUGUUAAGCAAAUCAACAAAGGAAAGCUGCCGAAGUAUUUUAGAUAGUUUAAUUUCGCCACAAGAGGCUGAGGCGAUUUACCUGGCACUUUCGCCAGACAGCUAUUCCAAAAGUUAA